CAAAAACAUGUUUAGUAUCGGCGCACGCGCAGUUAACGCGCGAUCCUUGAACGAGAAUCUAGUGACAAUGAUAUGAUUAUACUGGGCCAACGUUGCGUACUUUUUAUUAGUACACAGUUGUUUAGUCAAGGGAAAACUGAGGACGUGUUUGUGUGUGUGUGUGUGUUAGUGUUACAAAAAAAAGGACAUGCUGUGAAGUGGUUUAGUGAUUUUUCGGUGCAUAUUUUUUUUGGUUUAUUUGUUUUUUAAAGAUUGUAGGUACCAAGGCAUCAUAAUGUUUGAGUGCUUCUUAGAAAUCGGCUUUGAGGCCGAACUAAACACGAAAGAAGAUCCAGAACUGAUGGAGUUAGCGUAUGAGCAGUGCAAGGAGAAUCUAGCUACCAGGGCGACAGCCAUCACAGAGCUUAGGCAAAUGAUAUUUGAUCGGGGUGAAUGCCACCCUAUAAGAACAGACGACGAAUACAUGCUGAGGUUUCUUCGUGCCAGAGAAUUCAUUGUACCAAGAGCACAUAAAUUGUUGGUCAGAUACUGCACGUUCAGGGAAGAGAACAAGCAUCUUUAUGAGGGCGUCGACCUUUGGGACCUGAUCAAGGUGAAGGAUGCGUAUGAGGGCACCAUGCUGGACCGACCAGAUACAGGCAGACUCUCUGUCUUCAGAUUCGGUCGUUGGGACCCAAGUGAGUACCCUGUGGAAGACCUGUUAAGAGCUGGUAUGGCGAUGACGGAGAUUGGUAUCAGACAGCCGAAGUUGCAGAUCCUGGCUGGAACUGUGAUCGUGGACCUGGAAGGCCUUACGUUACGGCAUGUGGCGGCGUUAACUCCAACAGUAGCCUACCAGAUUGUGUGUCUAAUGGGGCUAGCAGUACCAGCACGCCUAAAAGGGAUCCACAUCAUCAACUACUCCUGGAUCCUGAAUACCUUCUUCUAUAUCUUCAAGAAGUUCAUACCUCAACAGGCUUGGCAGUACAUACACUUCCAUGGCAACGACCUCAAAUCCCUCCAAAAACAUCUUGAUUUAGAGUGCCUCCCUCCCAGGUACGGGGGAAAAUGUAGGGCAGGCGCUAACUUCGGAGUCUGGUUGCAAAAGAUAAAGAAAUACAGAGACGAACAAUUCGAUAAGGAAAUGAAACAAUUGGGUUACGUUAUCAAAGAGUAAUUAUGCUGUCAACGCGAUAAUUGACAUUUAAUCGAUUACUCGAAAUGGACUGAUAGAUUAUAGUCUCUUAUAGGCCACAUUUACAAUUUACAUUGUACAGUCAAUAUUCUUUCAUGACUGUUUGACGAGGAACUCGAGUAGUACUCGAGUAGUUUCAA